UCAGGAUUUGGCGGCCACCUCCCGAGCCCGCGCUCAGGCCCAGACACUUCAUCCUCCCUACCAUGGUGCGGCUCCAGUGAGAUUCCAAAGCUAUUUACUCCUGAACUCCUGGGAUCUUAUUCUCGUGCUAUGGAUAUAUGAUGGAGUGACUCAAGUUGAAGCUGUAGAAGUGACAAUCGCCUGGGUUUUCGUGCCAGAAGCAGCUGUAGACCGAGGCCUUGUGAGCACCAGCUGAUCGUCACUCCCCAGCACUCAACCCCCACAAAGCCCCAUGUCUCAGGUCCAGAGAAGGUUAAAAAAUGGUUCCCUUACCUCAAGAACAAAACCAGCGAUCCUAAGAACUAGAAAAAGAAAGCACUCGGAGAACGAGGAUGAGCGGCAAGUGAAACAGCCUCGGGUCGACCCAGUAGACAUGGUAACCCGAGCCUCUGGGGACGUCACCUCCAGUCUCAAUGUUGACAAGGACCGCUCCUCGGGCUCUGAUGGCGCCGUCCCUGAAAACUGGCUCAAGUUCCGAGGGCUGACAUGCACAACGGCACCUCAGCUAAGUCGAAAGCUAACACUACCAAAGCUGGGAUGGGCUGACCAGGGGCAGGUGUGGGCCCUCAUGUGCAGGAAGGACCGCAUAUACCCACGCUGCCCUAACUACCUGGUGAAACACCCGUCCCUCCAGGCCCGCAUGAGAGCCAUCCUGCUGGACUGGCUAACUGAGGUGUGUGAGGUGUUCAACUUCCACCGAGAGUCUUACUACUUGGCCACAGACUACAUCGACCGCUACUUGGCGUGUACCGAGGAUGUCCCCAAGCAGCAACUCCAGCUUAUAGGUAUUACUUGUUUAUUCAUCUCUGCAAAGAUUGAAGAAAUUUAUCCAAGAAAUUUAUCCGAGUUUGCCUAUGUAACGGACGGUGCUUGCUUAGAGAACGAAAUUUUGGAGAAGGAACUAGUCAUUUUAAAGAAACUCAACUGGGACUUGUCGCCCAUCACCUCCAACACGUGGCUCAGCACAUACAUCCAGCUGGCCCACGACAUCUCCCAGCCUGACACCAUGGAGGGAAAGGAGGAGGGCGAUGACCACGGCUUUGUCUUCCCACGCUACUCCCCUCUGGCCUUUGUACAGGUGGCAAGGCUACUGGACCUGUGCACACUGGAGAUGUCCAGCCUGUCCUUCACCUCCAGCAUGAUAGCGGCCACCGCCAUGUGCCACGUCAUGACCCCUGAGCUGGCCACCAGCGUGUCGGGCUUCUCUCUGGACGACCUCAAGGAAUGCUAUGACUGGAUGGCGGCGUUUGCCAUCACGGUGCAUGAGAUGGGGCCGGUGCAGCUCAAGACCUUCAGCAAGGUGGCACAAGAUGACAUGCACAAUAUUCAGACACACUCUGUGGACCUGGAAACUCUGGAGAGGGCACAGAUCAGGCUGACUCAGAUCCGGUCGUCGUCGUCCCGCAAGAGCCCCGAGGUGUCAGAGGUUCCCGUGGCCAUGCUGACGCCGCCAAAGACGGAUGAGAAGGCAAGGAUGGUCAUGGAGUAUUCUGGGUAGUAGUCGGGGCUGUUGGGGAAUGAAUUGAAGCAUUGGUACACAUUCCAUCGCUGCCGGCCGGCUGGGACUUCUUAAUGUUGUUGUUGUUGGGGUGAGUGAUUAAGUUGUCCCGGCGUGACGGUCGUGGUGGCAGCCGGUGGUGUGAGUUGCUGUUUCAUGUGGCCAUUUUUAUACAUAUCAGGCAUGUCUGGCCAUGCUUAUACAUACAUAUCAAAGGCAUUUUUAAGCUAAUAGAGGCAAUAUAACAUGAAAAUGUAAAAAACUUUGUAUAUUUGCUUUAUGUUAUUUGCAUGCUGUGCAACAAUAGUCCAGUAAGCUGUGAAUGUCAGAGGAGUGAUGAACAUGUGAGUGUGUAGGACAGAGUGUGCUAGUGCCAGUGUGUAGAGGAGCGACGGGCUUUGUGGUAACUUUUACACCAUGGUUUUACUACUUAUUGUAGAAUGAUCACUUGAUAAUUUAUUAAUUUUCAGGCUUUCUUGUUAAAGCUGAUGGUUUUAGUUACUUUAACUUAUAUUGUACAUAAUAAGGUACAUAUGUGUACGUAGAAAAGUAACAUCAAAUAACAUUAGUUGAAGUACGAAGUUAAGGAUGUGUACGAUUAUUGUGGAUUUGCGUGAUGUGCCUGUAAUGGGCAUUGUAUAUAUCAGAAUUUGCCUUAAAAACAAUUCUAGUCUUUUUUUAAAGGUAUCGCAGUUUUACGUAUUAGCGCCAAGUGCAAUGGUGUUCUGUAGGGGCGUGAGAAAUACCUUUUUGAACACAAGUUUUCCUUUUUGCGCGUUUUGCUCGGAGAAACUUUACCGCAGAGAGGAUGUUUCUGUCUGAUUUGUGUCUGGGAUUGUGAUUCUACAAGGCUGUUGGAAGCAUGAAGGGAGUGUAGAGGGAAGUCAGAAGCCAUGCAAGGUUAAUGUCACUUUGAGAGGGUUAUUGUGCCAACAGAUCUGCCAUGACGGCAUAUCAGCAUUUAUUUGUGUACUGUAGCAACAGGGCAUUGUUUAAAGUAUUGAUGUGAUACAGAAUAACUAAAGAAGACUUUUCUGCCGUGGCCAUCCCACUGUGGGAGUUCAUGGGAGGAGCCACCAGAUACACGUUGACUUGUAUAGAUACAUUGACAUGAUACAGGAAUAACAUUAAAGAAGACAUGUCUACCAUGGCCAUACCCUCACGGGAGUUCCUGGGAACAGGCACCAGAUCUAUGUAGACGUGUGCUGUAGAUACAGUGACUUGUUAUGACAAACCUGAAAGACCUUUACGUACAUGCUUUUAAAAAAAUAAGAAAAAUGGAGUUAUUUGGAGAUGUUACAGCUUAACAUUUACUUUGGAAUUUUAUGAGUUGGAGGAUUAUUAACUACUUUUAACAUUAUUGUUUGUUGUCAUCCAAUUACUGUUUUAAAGAAUGCAAAAUUUUCUGUUUGGAGGUGGAAAAAAAAGUAGGCUGUUUAUGAGUAACAUUUUGUAAUUUUGCAAGUGUUGAAAUUACAAACAUAAAUAAAACUAUUUUUAUGUA